CAUGUGAACCCGUAGGGCCCAAGCUAGGUUGCCAAUCACGGCUCCUCGUCCGCUUCUCCACCCGUCAUCUCCAAUCUCCAUUCCCUCCUUCCUUUUGAUCCCUUAAACUGCUGGCCUAUAAAUUCGCAUGCUCCCCAACGGCAUUAACCACCAGACCACCAGAGUAGGGCCUUCGAUCAGUAACCAGCGAGACCAGCAAGCAAGCGAGCCAUGGCAGCGACCUCCUCCGCCUCCUACGCCGUCGCGGUCGCUCUCCUCUGCCUGCUCGCCGCCUAUGGCUGCUGCGGCUGCCCUGGACCCACACCUGCCCCCGCUAUCCCCAGCCCCGUCCCCGUUAUGCCUCCACCUGCCCCCGUUACCCCCAGCCCCGUCCCCGUUACACCUCCACCUGCGCCCGCUACCCCCAGCCCAGGCUCCGGCUCCGGCAGCACCAACGGCUCCUCCGACGGCUGGCUGGACGCGAGGGCCACCUGGUACGGCGCCCCCGAUGGCGCCGGGCCGGACGACAACGGUGGCGCGUGCGGGUUCAAGAACGUGAACCUGCCUCCGUUCAACGCCAUGACGUCGUGCGGCAACGAGCCGCUCUUCAAGGACGGCAAGGGAUGCGGCUCCUGCUACCAGAUAAGGUGCGUGGCUCACGCUCAUCCGGCGUGCUCCGGCGUCCCAGAGACGGUGAUCAUCACGGACAUGAACUACUACCCGGUCGCCCGCUACCACUUCGACCUCAGCGGCACUGCGUUCGGCGCCAUGGCCAAGGACGGCCGCAACGACGAGCUCCGCCACGCCGGCAUCAUCGACAUGCAGUUCAAGAGGGUGCCAUGCCAGUACCCGGGGCUGUCGGUGACGUUCCACGUGGAGAAGGGGUCGAACCCCAACUACCUGGCGAUCCUGGUGGAGUACGGGAACGGCGACGGCGACGUGGCGCAGGUGGACCUCAUGGACGGCGGCGAGACGACGGGGGCCUGGAGGCCGAUGAGGCACUCGUGGGGCUCCAUCUGGCGCCUGGACACGCGCCGCCCGCUGCGGGGGCCCUUCUCGUUGCGGGUCACCAACGGGUCCGGCAGGUCGCUCGUCGCCGACCAGGUCAUCCCCGCGAGUUGGCAGGCCGACGCCGCGUACAGCUCCGACGUCCAGUUCGAUGAUUGAUCCCGUCCGAUGACCCAUGGAAGGCAUGCAUGUCCAUGCAUGCAUGGAUUUGUUGUGCCAAGCUAUAUAGCCGAGACGUCGCUUGUGACGUCCGGUGCUACGUAUUUAUCAUUUAUCUUGUCCUACUAUCCUUGUACAUAUACAUACGUGACAACUUUAGUUUGUGGGAUUUGGAGGAGGCUGGUAUAUAUACGAUACGACACGUAUAGGCUAGCUAUAUUCUGCCGUAAUGUUAUCAUGCAAAAAAAAAUGUUUGUAAUGUCUACUGUAUUAUUUACACAAGUUUACUGUAUCAGUUUAGCUAUAUGUAAGGUACCUCAAAAAUGAAUUCGGGUCAGUCUAUUAUUCUGGCCAUUGAUUGUUGCUC